AUGGCCAUUGAGCACUUUGAGCACCCAAGCUGUUACCUGCCAGCAUUUCUGCCCCAUGGCUCGGCUGGUGGAGUGUGCCGUGUGACUGAUCAGCAGGCAGUAGCUGAGAGUUUUACAGAACAGGAAACAGUAACGGGCCUGUUUUCCAAGGAUUGCAUCCUCCCUUGUCCUUUCCCACCUGGACACGAUGAAGUAAUUUACUGGAAGAAAGGCAACAAAAAUGUGCACACCUACUACUACCAGAAGGAUUGGCCAGAUAGACAAGACCCAGAUUAUAGACACAGAACACAUCUUUUCCAUGAGAACAUUCGUAGUGGAAACGCCUCUUUGAAACUUAGUAACUUGACUGUGACUGAUGAGGGCUCUUACAAAUGCUAUGUGGGAACACAGCAAAAUAAAACAGAAGUGGAAGUCACACUGCGUGUAAAAGUUUCCCCUUAUUAUGCACUGGAAUACCAAAAGACACACGAAGGAAGGAUGCUGAAGUGCUAUGCCUUUCUCACUUAUCCAGCACCACAUAUAUCUUGGGUACAAGGCAAUACAUCCAUCCAAGAAACAGAUCGGCAGGAAACCAGGGAUGGAGUUCUCUAUUCUCUCAGAAGUGACCAGAACAUUAUAAACACAUCGGAUCCUUACCGCUGUCAUAUUCAUCUCCCUCAUGAAGAGUGGACUGCUGAAUGGGAGAUGCAAGACCAACUGUCUAACGUGGAAGGAAAUAGCACUGCGAUUCCUUGUGAAUACAGCAACAACACUGCAAAUACUGAAGGUUUCAGUGUUGUUUGGACACUAAACAGAAAUGCAGUGAUCUCAGUCCUGGCCUCCUUCAAUGGUACAUUCUACUCUCACCAGCCUCGAGUCCGGCUUAACCAAGAUGACUUUUCACUGAUGUUCUGUGAUCUUAUUACUGAUGACAGUGGAGAGUAUCUGUGUAAUAUUUCAACGCCUCACUACACAAAACUUACUGUGAGAACUUUGCAAGUUGAAAAUUCAGGUAACAUUGGGAAAAUUGUGCUAGGAGUGAUCACUGCAGUGGUGGUAGUAGCAUCAGUCUUCUUCUGCGUCUUGUUCAAGCCUGAAUUUGAUAAGCUUCAGGAGAUGUUUUACAAUGCUUACCAUGAGGUUCAACAACAAUACACCAGAAAGACAAAUCUAAAAUGA